UACUAGUUAAAAUUGCAGGACUCUCCCUCCGUUGAAAUAAAAAAAAAAAUGCUCCGUAGAGCCAGUUCCCGGAUGUUGUCGAGGAUCAGUGUCCGCCAAUACGCCGAUGCAGUCAACAUCACGGGCAGUGUGCGAGCGGCGUACGCCAAGGGAAUGGCGGCACGACCCCUCGACAAGCAGCUGCUGCCUAAGUCCAUGUACGGCGGAAUCAACUACGUGACCCUGCUCACGGGCAGCACAAUCAUCGGCCAGCAGGGAGCCAAGUUCGUGACGACGCUGCUGCAGAGCAGCCGGGUGCCCGUGGAGACGCAGAUCAUCGAGGCGGGACAGGACGAUGAGUACUUCAACUCGGUGCUGCGGAAUAGAUCCGCCGUUCACGUCGACAUCCAGGCGGAUGGGCCGGCCAAGGAGAAGGCGCUCAAGAUCAGUAACGAUCUGGAUUUGUAUGUGUUCAAGACCCGGACGCGCAGCUUUCCCGGUUUCAACUGCCGCUUUCCGGGCGUGGAUAUCCAGAUGAUUGGCCAAAACAACAUGGGCAACUACAGCGAGCUGGAGUAUUCACCCGUAAAGGGUGUGGUGGAGGCCCUAUCCGUCGUUACCCAGAAGGGCAAUGAGAAGUACCUGAAGCACGCCUUCGCUGCGGCGGCCAAGGCGGGCCGGAAACGGGUGACCCUGAUCAACAAGGCCAAGGAGUGGCCCAUUAGCGAUGGCUCCCUGGUGAAGGCCGCCAUGGAGAUGCACUGCGACUAUAAACACUGCCUGGAGCUGGAGCUCAUGGAGGUGGAGGAGGCCGUCAGCCGGCUGAUCACCGACCCCACCUACUUCGACUGCCUCUUCGCCAGCGAUCGCUAUGCCACCUUUCUGUCCACGAUCUGCAGUGGUGUCUGUGGCGGAGCCAAUCUCUUCAGUGCCGUGGAGAUCGGCGAUCACCAUGCCGUGUUCAAGCCCCUGCAGACAAAGCUCUCGCUGACCAACUAUGCCACCCUGAGUGCCUAUGGGAUCGUGGCCACCAUUGUGGAUCUCUUCCAGCACCUGGGUCACGACAAGUGCGCGGAUGCUCUGUGGACCGAGAUGCUGCGCACCAUGGAAGAGGGUAUCCGCACCCAGGAGUUCGGGGGCAAGGACAACGGCGAGUACGUUAUCUGCAACAUUGUCAACAAAUUGCGAUGCCGAAGUUUGGGUAUGGCUUAAGCCAGGAAAAACCUGCGGUCAACCCUGCUAUAUCGAACAUAAUCAUUCCUAGAUUAAUAAUGAAUUGAUAAUAAAGGCUAACUUUUCCUAAAA